CAGACGGCGAAGGGCAGAAUAUCGUUGUAAAAGAAGAUUACUUUCUCUUUCAUAAAUGGCGUACCAAAACGUCUAUAGAUUCAUGUUAGCCUUUCAUACAUAACCUACUAUACCUUAAUCACUAGCCCUCCCGACUUCUGAGACUCGCUGACAUCAUCAUAGCCUCAAACUAUCUCGACGUCCCGAAACUAUCUUCAGCCGUAACUUAAGUUACAAUGCCCAUCUCACAGCACACAGCCAAUUGUAUGGCUAAGACACAGUCACGACAACACAAUAAUAGUAUGUUUAAAACAACAUGCUUACACAGUAACCUUAAUGUUGGGGCCUCAACGGAUCACAAAACCAUCCUUAAACCUUGCGAAGCAAUAUAUUAAGCGGCUUCAAUCCAAGGUAGGCAAAAGGGAAAUCUUUCCUUGGUGCAUAGCAGGCCUAUAGUUCUGCCUCAAUCGUCAAGCUCUGAACGGGAUCAUCAUCUAUGCAACACCCACAAGAAACCACUGCAACGGCAAUAUACUCAUCAUCCCAAGAGCAAAAGGCAACAAGAAUGGUCUCCAAAAAUGGAGUGCCUCGCCUGAGGGUCAGAACAAACCCCUAUAUCUUUGCCUUUGGUAUGACAGUAGCCGCUAUCAGUUCAAUAGCCCUGAUGUUCGCUGCUAUUCUUGCCACCACAUCCAUGAUUUGGCCUUAUACUCCUGAAGUACAGGCAGGCAGUCUUCACAUCAGAAGUGACUCGGUGCCUGACGACACAGUUCCUAUACCAUGCCACUCGCAUAACGAUUAUUGGAAGGCUGAGCCUUUGACCUCAGCCAUUACGACUGGCUGCAUUGGCAUCGAAGUAGAUGUCUGGAAGGUCCGGGAUGAACUCAUGGUCGGCCAUGCUGAGGACGAACUAUCAACCGAAAAAACUUUGACGUCAAUGUACAUUCAACCUCUAGUGAACUUACUUAAGGCUCGGAAUCAAGACAGAGAUCCAGAACUUCUACCUCGAGGUGUAUAUGUCCACAAACCCAAUCAGACUGUGGUGUUGCUGGUGGACUUGAAGUCGAACUCUGAUAAAUCAUGGCCACUGUUACUGGAGAUGCUAGAACCACUUCGUCAAAGGGGGUGGCUGAGCCAUGUCAGCGAUGGCGAGUUUGUGUCAAGACCCAUCACAGUCGUGGCAACUGGUGAGACCAAGUUUCGCCUGGUGAAAGAAGCCAAUCCUUCACACGACGUCUUCUUUGAUGCGCCACUUAAAAGGUUAAGCAGAGGCCAAUACGACAACACCAACUCAUACUAUGCCAGCACCUCGUUCAAGAAGUCGGUUGGCAAGGUUCCUAAGAAAGGUCUUAGGCCAACGCAGCUGGAGUUGAUACGCGAUCAAAUCUCUCAAGCCCAUAUUCGAGGUCUCAUGGUUCGAUAUUGGGGCAUGCCACUUCUUCCACAGAACGCCCGAAGACAAGUUGAGAAGGUAUUGCUUGAUGAAGGCGUUGAUGUCAUCAAUGUAGAUGAUUUGCAGGGAGCAAAACGCACUUUUGCUGAGAGGAGACACUCGAAUGACUAACGCUUGUCCCCGAAGCAACUGAAGAGAGCUUUAGCCGAUUUCCUAUAUAUAGCUACUAG